AUGACCAGUGCUGCUGAAACCAUUGCCAAGGACGGGAAUGCCGCCUUUGCCAUCUUGAAAACUUUAUCCAACGAACAGAGGUCUGCCGCUCUUAAAGCUAUCCAUGAUGGCUUACAGAGCCAGAAGCUGAGAAUCUUGGAUGCAAAUAAGAUAGACAUGCAGAAUGCCAGAGACCACAACCUUUCUGCUUCGCUUGUCAAGAGAUUGGAUCUCUCCAAUGCUGACAAGUUCGAUGCCAUGUUACUGGGAAUCCUUGACGUUGCUGCUCUAGACGAUCCUGUAGGUCAGGUGACAUUAGCAAGAAAGCUUGAUGAAGGUUUGAAUUUGUAUCGUAUCACGGCUCCUAUCGGUGUUCUUUUGAUUAUAUUUGAGUCACGUCCUGAAGUAAUUGCAAAUAUCGCUGCUCUUGCCAUCAAACUGGGCAAUUCUGCUAUUCUCAAGGGUGGAAAGGAGUCGUAUCAGACGUUCAAGGUUAUGCUGGAGAUUGUAAAUGAGACGUUGGCUUCUUCCACAGAUGUCCCAGCAAAGGCUGUGCAGUUGAUCGAGUCUCGCGAGGAAGUAGGUGAUCUUUUGCUGCAGGACAGAUACAUCGACUUGGUUAUUCCCAGAGGCUCCAACGCUUUGGUUCGAAACAUCAAGGACAACACCAAGAUCCCAGUCUUGGGCCAUGCUGACGGGAUCUGCUCCAUCUACGUAGACGACGAAUUCGACUUGCAGAAGGCCAAGAGAAUAGUAGUGGACUCCAAAACAAAUUAUCCAGCUGGUUGCAACGCUGUAGAACAAUUGUUGCUUCAUAGGAACAUUAGCGAAGAAGACAUUAAAAGUCUAGUACAAGCUCUUCUUGAUGCUAAAGUCACUGUUCAUGUCACACCAGAAGUAAAAAAGAUCUUAGCGCAGACUUCUGAGUACAUCCAGGAUGCUGCCGAAGACGCUUUUGAUAAGGAGUACUUGUCGUUUGACAUCACCGUAGCUUUAGUGGACGACGUAGACGCUGCUGUUCAGCACAUAAACACUCAUUCGUCCAAACACACAGACAGUAUCAUCACCCAGAACGAAGCCAAAGCUAAUAAAUUCAUGAAGGGUGUGGACUCUGCCGGUGUGUACUGGAACGCUUCCACAAGAUUUGCCGAUGGCUUCAGAUACGGUUUCGGAACCGAAGUUGGGAUCAGCACCAACAAGAUCCAUGCCAGAGGUCCAGUAGGCUUGGAAGGGUUGAUGAGCUACCAGUACCAGCUUCGAGGAGACGGCCACAUUGUUGGAGAAUACGUAGGUGGUGGUGGAAAUAAGGUGUUUGUCCAUGAGGAUUUGAAUCCUAAAUCGGUCAAGUUGUAGUAUUAAUUCUAUAUAUAUUAAUUCAUGAGACAAUGCAGUCAU